AGAAGCAGUGACUUUAUUGGAAAUAACUCUGUUUGCCUUGAUAUUUCAGUAUAGGUGCUUAUUGAGGAGAMAGCUGAGCUGAGCGGACACCCAGGCAUCUUCAGCAGGUUCAUACUGUGGCCUUCUGAUAUUAAGCACCCGGGAGAUAACCUGCCAGGUGAGAACCAUGUGGAGGAUGAAGCCCUGGCUGCAGCUGGUGCUCUUGGCCUGUGUUUGCUUGUUCUGGCAAACAGAAGCAGAGUUUUUCACUUCAAUAGGUCAAAUGACAGACCUCAUUUAUGCAGAGAAAGACCUGGUGCAGUCCUUAAAGGAGUAUAUUCGAGCAGAAGAAUCCAAGCUUUCUCAGAUUAAAAGCUGGGCUGAAAAAAUGGAUGUACUGACUAGCAAAUCAACCUCUGAUCCAGAAGGAUAUCUGGCACAUCCUGUAAACGCAUAUAAACUGGUGAAGCGUUUAAAUACUGAUUGGCUGCAAUUAGAAAACCUAGUUCUUCAGGACACAACAAAUGGCUUUAUUGCAAAUCUCACAAUUCAGCGUCAGUUUUUUCCAACCGAGGAAGAUGAGACUGGAGCUGCCAAGGCUCUGAUGCGCCUACAGGACACGUACAGGCUGGAUCCUGAGACUCUCUCUCGAGGUAACUUGCCAGGAACAAAAUACAGAUCCUCUCUGACAGUGGGAGACUGCUUUGGCAUGGGCAGGACUGCUUACAACGAUGGAGACUACUAUCACACAGUGCUGUGGAUGGAACAAGCCUUGAAACAGCACGACGAAGGGGAGGAUACRACAGUCAGCAAAGUGGAGAUCCUAGAUUAUCUCAGCUAUGCGGUUUUCCAGUUUGGGGAUUUGCACAGAGCCACAGAGCUCACCAGGCGUCUGAUAUCUCUUGACAGUACUCAUGAGAGAGCAGGCAGUAACCUCCGCUACUUUGAAAAACUGCUGGAGAAGGAGCGAGAAGAGAAGUCGCUCAACAAGACGACGGCCCCGACGGAACCCGUGGCACAAGGGGGGGUCUACGAGAGGCCCCUCGACUACCUGCCCGAGCGCGAUAUCUACGAGGCCCUCUGCAGAGGCGAGGGCGUGAAGAUGACACCUCGAAGACAGAAAAGACUGUUUUGUAGGUACCACGAUGGAAACAGAAACCCUCAUCUGCUAAUAGCUCCAUUUAAGGAGGAAGAUGAAUGGGACAGCCCUCAUAUUGUACGCUACUAUGAUGUCAUGUCUGAUGAAGAAAUUGAGAAAAUCAAGCAACUAGCUAAGCCAAGGCUGGCACGAGCAACAGUCCGAGAUCCCAAAACUGGUGUCCUGACAGUGGCAAGCUACAGGGUGUCCAAAAGCUCGUGGUUGGAGGAAGACGAUGACCCCGUUGUUGCCAAGGUCAAUAGUCGGAUGCAGCAGAUCACUGGCUUAACGGUGAAAACAGCUGAACUGUUGCAGGUUGCUAAUUAUGGAAUGGGAGGACAGUAUGAGCCACACUUCGACUUUUCUAGGCGCCCCUUUGACAGCACACUCAAAUCGGAAGGAAAUAGGCUAGCGACGUUUCUUAAUUAUAAAGAUGAGCCAGAUGCUUUCAAGCGGUUAGGGACUGGAAAUCGUGUGGCCACUUUUUUAAACUACAUGAGCGAUGUAGAAGCUGGAGGUGCAACAGUUUUCCCAGACUUUGGGGCAGCAAUAUGGCCAAAGAAGGGUACAGCAGUGUUCUGGUAUAAUCUUUUCAGAAGCGGUGAGGGUGACUAUAGAACAAGGCAUGCAGCUUGUCCAGUCCUAGUAGGCUGUAAAUGGGUUUCAAACAAAUGGUUUCAUGAAAGAGGAAACGAAUUCCUCAGACCUUGUGGGAGAACAGAAGUCGAUUGAAAUCAACCUGCCACUGGCCUUCAUUUCUUACCUUCUGUCGCCUUUUCUGCUGUUUGUUCUUCCAGUUCAUUUCUAAGAAAUGAUCCAUCUUUUGUUCUCCAAAAGUCCUAGCACUUUAUCCAAGAAGGACAACAAAAUAGGUAACASGUAUGAGUGAAAAGCACGUGGCGUUGUACACAUCCUUGUGUUUGGGUUGCUGUUAGGUCUCUGACCCUGUUCAUCCCCAGCCAUCUCCCACUGCACGCCCAGCCUGCCCCGCUCGCAGUGCAGGCGGCGCUGGGGUGAACGCUGUGUUUGGGUGCCUCGUCUCGUGCCUUUGUACCUCAGAAGUUUUAGAUGUUAAAUAUUUCUU